UACGAUUAUGUAUCAUAGGGUUUCCCGAAACCAACAGUAAUAAUUUCUCUCUGUAUAUAUACAUGGUUCUAAAUAGCCUCAUCACUUCAGCACCCUUUAUCCACACAACAACAAAAAAAGUGUUUGGUUCCAAAAUACAACAAGAGUGCAAAAUGGUGGUGGCAGACUUCACUAGUGGUGGUUUGAGGGGAAUGAAGGCCCUCAGCUACCAUGUUCUCACGGGGCGUUGGUUCAUGCUAUUUGCAUCUUUACUCAUCAUGUCCGUUGCAGGAGCAACCUACAUGUUUGGAAUAUACUCUAACGAGGUCAAAACCUCAUUAGGGUACGACCAAUCCACUCUCAACUUGCUAAGCUUCUUCAAAGACCUAGGUGCCAACGUUGGAGUCAUAUCCGGGUUGGUCAACGAGGUAACACCACCUUUCGUGGUGCUCUCAAUUGGGGUCAUCAUGAACUUCUUUGGCUACUUCAUGAUAUUUCUUGCUGUCUCUGGCCGCAUUGACAAACCCCAAGUUUGGCAAAUGUGUCUCUACAUUUGCAUUGGUGCAAAUUCUCAAACUUUUGCCAAUACUGGUGCUUUAGUCACGUGUGUGAAAAACUUCCCUGGAAGCCGUGGCAGUAUCUUAGGCAUACUCAAAGGCUACGUUGGUCUAAGUGGUGCCAUCAUCACACAACUCUACCAUGCUUUCUAUGGUGAUCAUGACUCUCAAGCUCUUAUUUUACUCAUUGCGUGGCUCCCUGCUGCUGUUUCCUUCCUUUUUCUUCCAACAAUUCGGUUAAUGAACACAGUGCACCACCAACCCAAGGAGGACAACAGAGUUUUCUACCACCUUCUAUAUAUUUCACUUGGCCUUGCUGCUUUUCUCAUGGUUCUGAUCGUUGUACAAAACAAGCUUAGUUUUUCAAGGAUUGAAUACAUAGUAGAUGGCCUUGUGGUUUUCUCCUUUCUUCUUCUACCACUUGCUGUGGUGUUUAGAGAGGAGAUAAACCAAUUGAAAGCCAAAACGCAAGGUUUAACUGAUUCACCACCUCAGUUGAAAGUAGUCACUGAAGCUAUUCCAUCUUCAAACGUGGUGGAGCAAGAAGUAGUACCAGCAGCUACUACAAGUUCCCACGAGAAAAGUUCUUGUUUAAGGAACAUAUUCAACCCUCCAAAGAGGGGAGAAGACUACACCAUUUUGCAAGCUUUAUUUAGUAUUGAUAUGCUGAUUUUGUUCAUUGCAACAACCUUUGGUGCUGGAGGAACAUUAACAGCCAUAGACAACCUGGGACAGAUUGGACACUCAUUAGGAUACCCGAACAAAAGCACUACAACAUUUGUUUCCUUAGUGAGCAUAUGGAACUACUUGGGACGAGUAGCUUCAGGUUAUGCCUCUGAGAUCUUCUUGACCAAAUACAAAGUCCCUCGCCCCUACAUGCUCACUCUAGUUUUGCUUCUCUCUUGUGUUGGCCAUGUUCUGAUAGCCCUUGGUGUUCCAAACUCUCUCUACUUAGCUUCUGUGGUCAUAGGGUUUUGUUUUGGAGCUCAAUGGCCACUAAUGUUUGCAAUCAUAUCAGAAGUAUUUGGCCUCAAAUACUACUCCACGUUGUACAACUUUGGAGCUGCUGCAAGCCCUCUUGGGUCUUACAUUCUGAACGUGAAAGUGGCUGGUGUUUUGUAUGAUAAAGAGGCUUUGAAACUAUUGAAGGCCAAAGGACUCACGAGACAAGAAGGAAAGGACUUAACAUGUGUGGGAGUGCAAUGCUACAAAAUGGCUUUUAUCAUAAUCACGGCUUCAACGUUGGUUGGUUGUUUUGCUUCGAUCAUUUUGGCGCUGAGGACUAGAAAGUUUUACAAAGGGGAUAUCUAUAGAAAGUUUAGAACGGAAGAUGAAACAAUAGAGAAUGAGAUAGAGAUUACCAAGGCUUGUAAUUAAUUAAUUAAUUAAUGUUCUGUUAAUUGAAACAGAAAGACGCGUAACCUUGAGCAGCACCAGGGCUAGUACUCCACCACCACAAGCAGCUCGGAGGAACACGACAAAAACUAUAGACAAUGAAGUGUGCUUAAGUUUUAGGCUUUUAGCUACAAGUAAUACCUGGCUUUUUCUUGUAAAUUGAUUAUGUAUAAUUAGUAAAUGGGGAAUGAAUGGUAAGACGUGCUGUUGGAGCAUUUUUAUAUCUAAGGAAAGAAUUGUAUAUUUUUCUCUCACUUCAAAUAUAUGUUUGUGUUUGUAAAGGGGAAGCUAUUGUAUGCUACACGAUAAUUACAUCUUUA